AUGACCGACUCGACAAUUGUUCUCAUUACCGGUGGUAAUACCGGCAUCGGUUAUGAGAGCAUCAAGGCUCUAUAUACUUCGCCACAACCGCACACCAUCCUGAUGGGCAGUCGAUCUCUCGAAAAGGCGAAGGGCUCAAUCGCCAGCCUCAAGGGCGAAAUUUCAGAGUCCAUGUCAGAUAUCGUACCAAUCCAAAUCGAUAUUGAAGACGAUGUGUCAAUCGAGAAGGCAUUCAAAGAAGUCGAGAGCAAGUAUGGACGAAUCGAUACUCUGGUCAACAAUGUGGUUCAUUUGACGGCAUCAUGCGCGACGAUCCUAGCCCCAAGGGCAUCCGUGCAGCUUGGGACAAGGCUUACUCUCUCAAUACAACCUCUACCCAAACUUCUCUUUGUAACCUCCGGUCUGUCCUCCUUGGAGAAUUGCUCUGGCGGUUUCGACUCCAAGCUCCUGACCGCGCCGCCACCAAAAGGCUGGCCCAAGCCACCGUCUAUGGCCCAAACCGCCUAUCGUUCCAGCAAGACUGCCAUGAACAUGAUGAUGCUACACUGGGCAAAGACUCUUGGUGUGGAUGGCGUCAAGGUAUUCGGGAUCAGCCCCGGAUUCUUGGCAACGGGACUGGGAGGUACCGGGCCGGAGAUGAUGAAAAAGUGGGGUGCAGGCGAUGCUAGUAUUGGAGGUAUCUUUAUCAAGGAUGUCAUCGAAGGAAAGAGAGACGAGGAUAGCGGGAAGGUCAUCAACAAAGAUGGCGUACAGGCUUGGUAG